ACCAACGACCAUCGUUUUGCAAUUGAAGGAGUUCAAGCAGCUGUUAAUGCCCCGUCGGACCGUUGUGAAUGCUUCGCUAUUGAUAUUGAAUCAUUGCAUUCAGCAUACACCAUGCUUCUUCCCCUCCCGUUUCUUCUACGAGCGUACUUUCUCCUCACUUCCUGCUCCGUACUGUUGGCGUACGUAACGCCAUCACUUCGUGCUUCGUUCAUACCCUACGGCAAGACCCUCACUUCAUCGGCAAAGAACAAGAGUGGAACUGGGAGUCAGGCCAGGGAGCAGAAGAAGGAUUCGUUAUUAGACUGGGCAGCCUCAUGGACCGUACCGAAAAAGUUCUUCAAGCAUUUCUACGUCCUCUCCACCUUCGUAUCCAUCGGGUGGGCAUGGGUCAUCAUCGAACGUCGAUGGAGGGAUGCCCCAAUUUCCCCUUGGCUAAGCACAUGGCGUACACAGUCCUCAUUAGAGGUCGCGUUGACUUGGGCUAUGAUGUUGAUACAAGGCGUGCGCAGGUUGUGUGAGUGCUUUUUCGUCGAGAGACCUACCCAAGCACGGAUGUGGAUUGGACAUUACGUCGUUGGACUUGGGUUUUACUCAGCGAUGUCCCUCGCCGUAUGGAUUGAAGGCGCUAGCAACGUCCUCGAUCCCAACUCUUCUUUCCAGAUAUCGCAGCUUGUCACGCCGAAGACCAUGUUGGCGGUUGCGCUGUUCAUCGGUGCGAGCGUGCGACAAUGCACCCUUCACGCCCACCUGGCCUCACUUCGACCCCCCACCUCUGCCGCCUCCAAGCCCGAGUACAAACUUCCUACACACCCAGCGUUUUUGAGAACUGUCGCUCCUCACUACACCGCCGAAAUCGGCAUCUAUGCCGCAAUGGUCCUCGCCAAUUCGGGGAGCAAUCUCACCCUAUGGUGUGCGCUGGUGUGGGUCGCCGUCAAUCUAAGCGUCAGCGCGACGAGUUCGAGAGAAUGGAUGAUUGAGAGGUUUGGUGAACGAGGGAGGAUACGCUGGGUCAUCAUGGCUGGCGUGUACUGA